AUGUCCUCACCGCCAACCUCGCCCCCUGCGGCAAAGCGACAGAGGAUCGAUCCCUCUCUCGAAGCUAUAUCAUCGCCUUCGACAUCCACCCAACAAGUGAAUGGAUACUCCAAUGGUACUUCAUCAGCGCUCGCCGUCAGCUCAGCACCUGAACUACCUGUAGCUUCUACAUCGAAUGUACCACCGAAUGAAAGUGAUGACGACGAAGGAGAGGAACAGGAGAUCAAGCAACAGGAGGAAGAUGAUGAAACUCAUAGAGACAUGUAUCUUGAUACGAUCUCACGACAAAAUCUUGAUUUCGAUUUCGAAAGGUUAUGUUCAAAAUCACUUAGCAACAUCAAUGUAUACGCCUGCUUAGUUUGUGGAAAGUAUUUUCAAGGAAGGGGUAGGGGAAGUUGGGCAUAUCGACAUGCUGUAGGUGAGAACCACAGAGUAUGGCUGAAUCUCAGCACAGAGAAGUUCUACGUUUUACCCGAGGGGUAUCUCGUAUCAGAUCCAUCCUUGAACGAUAUCAUCCACGUCCUAAACCCUCGAUAUACCACAAAAGACCUCGUAAAACUAUCCAAAGGGAAUCAGUUAUCAUAUACGUUAGGAAACCAACCUUACCGACCAGGAUAUAUAGGUAUAAACAAUAUAAAGAAAAAUGACUAUCUUAACGUAAUCAUUCAAUUACUCUUACAUAUUCCACCAAUCCGUAAUUUCUUCUUGGAUCCAAAUACGCCAGAGUUAAAAGAGGAAAGGAAACCCACAGAAUUAGUUAUGCGAUUAGCUGUGUUGGCGAAGAGGUUGUGGAAUCCCAAACUGUUCAAGUCGCAAAUAUCCCCUCACGAGUUUUUACAUGAAGUGAACAAGAGGUCGAAUGGGAAAUUCAAGACGACAGAACAAGGUGAUCCGGUGGAAUUCUUAUCUUGGUUAAUUAAUACCCUUCAUAGGGAUCUGGGUGGAAAUAAGAAGAAAAAUUCAAGUAUCAUAUAUAAAUCUUUCCAAGGUCAGGUCCAGAUCCAAACUCAGCAGGUGAUUAUUCAUAAAGAGUAUUCGAGACCGGUAUUUGAUAUUGGACGAGAUAUCCAAACUAUUACAUCACCCUUCUUAUUCCUCGCUCUGGAUUUACCGGCCACACCGUUAUUUACCGAUGUGAAUGAGAAGAAAAUUAUUCCGCAAGUACCACUAUCGACCAUCCUUGCCAAAUUCGACGGGAAGACUACUCAGGAAUUCGGACCUACAUUGAAAAGGCAUCAUCUUACGAUGCUCCCUCCAUACUUGAUAUUACAUAUCAAACGAUUCACCAAGAAUAAUUUCGUUAGUGAACGAAAUCCGACUAUUGUCAAUUUUCCUCUGAGAGGUGUUGACGUUAGUGAUUAUGUCAAUCCUAAACCUUCUGAUCCUAUGCAUACGCAAUACGAUCUUCUAUCGAACGUUACAUUGGAUACUACAAAGGCCUCGACCGAGACAUCAGGUCUGGGACCAGGUAUAACAGCAAGUAAGAAGAAGAAGAACGGCGAGAAUGAAGAGAAUUCAUUGAUUUGGAAAAUACAUAUAAGAGCGGGUCAAAAUCAGGACACAAAUGGUUCAGCAAAGAUAAAGAAUGAAAAUGAUGGGGAGGAGGAAGAAGAAGGUGAAAAAUGGAUUGAAUUACAGGAUUUAAGAGUAGAAAAGGUUACACCUGAGAUUGUAUUCUUGGGUGAAACUGUUAUACAAGUUUGGGAACGAAGGGAUCUGAGUAGAAUGUAA